AUGAACAAAGACAGCUCCUUGGAUAACAACCCCAUGGAGGACUCUCAGGAUUCAGAGGAGACAUGCGAGAUGUUCAAGGAUGUUCCCAAAUGCUUGUCUGAGGAAGAGUGGACAAAACUGGAAAAUGCAGAUGAAUUAAGCUAUGUGUACAUGAAGAAAAGAUACGACUUCAUGACUGCUCUAGGUCUCAUGCCCAUCGGCCCAAAUUUCAUCCCUCCGACUAAACAAACCCCAAAAUCUCCUGAGCAUGAUUCAGAUGAAACUCAGAAUCCUGGGAAUCAUGAUUUCCCUGAUACUUCAGGAGUCUUCCAGGAUGUGGGGAACGUUUACCAACAAAGACCAUCUCUGCUUUAUCACCUAUUUACGAACAAAAGUCCUGAGGAGGCUUCGCACGUCCAACCAAAAAAACACCUGAAGAUGGUGCCCGUGAAAGAAGCAAGGGAACAAAAUAAACUGAAGCUACCACCAGUAACCCCAGACUCAGAGCCAGCUCCGAAAAAGCUCUGCCCCUCAGGCAAAGGGAAGGCCUCUGGUCAGCUGAGGAAGAAGAAGCCUGAUUUCCCUGAUACUUCAGGAGUCUUCCAGGAUGUGGGGAACGUUUACCAACAAAGACCAUCUCUGCUUUAUCACCUAUUUACGAACAAAAGUCCUGAGGAGGCUUCGCACGUCCAACCAAAAAAACACCUGAAGGCCCUUUGGCUGGGUGUCCUCAGAGACUCACUUGUAUCCCUUCAAGAUCACAGCACUCCCAGAGGCAUGAACAGAGAGAGCUCCUUGGAUAACAACCCCAUGAAGGGCUCCCAGGAUUCAGAAGAGAAAUGCAAGGCAUUCAAGGAUAUUCGCAAAUACUUCACUGAGGAAGAGUGGGCAAAGCUGAGAAACUCAGAGAAAAGAACCUGUGUGUGCAUGAAGAGAAACUAUGAAAUCAUGACUGGUCUAGGUUUAAUGACCACCUGCCCAGAUUUCAUGCGUCCUAAGAAUUGGACCACAAAGUCUGGGCAUGAUUCUGAUGAAGAUUGGAACCCUGGGAAUGAAGGUCCCUUUCAAGCUGCUGCCCCAGUGCUGGAGCUCACAGAAUCCAAGAAGGAAGAGACUCAUGUCUGGGUCGGCAGGCUGAGGGAAAGAAAGGACCGUGUUGUGUAUCAAGAGAUCAGUGACCCAGAGGAUGAUGACUAA